ACAAAAUUGAAGGAAGGUUAGCCUCCCGUCAGAUUGGGAGGAGGAGAGGAGAGGAGAGGCGUCGCGAGACUUAUCGCAUCAGGCGGAGUCGCUUCUACGGAUUUCUCGCGAGUCCGAUUCUCUCUCGGCCGCCGGCGAUCCGAGUCGGCUCGCGGGAAGGAGUGCAGGAGUAUUCUUGGAGCUACAACGCCGGAGUUGUUGGAAAAGGCGAGGAAAGGUUAAGAGUCGGCCGCGUUGAUCUUUGGAUCAUAUGGACGGGCAAAGCGUCGGGGGCGGGUCGAUUAGGAGGAGCAUAUCGGGGACCGGCUCCCUGGGAAGGAAGAAGACUACGGAGAACGGCUCGGACUCUGGACGGCGGAGUUCUGUAUCUCGACCUCCAACUAUGAGUGGAGAAAGAACAGUUAAGAGAUUACGUUUGUCCAAGGCUUUGACUAUCCCUGAAAGUACAACUGUCUAUGAAGCUUGUCGUAGGAUGGCUGUACGAAGGGUUGAUGCUGUCUUGUUGACAGAUUCAAAUGCACUAUUGUGUGGAAUUCUUACAGACAAGGAUAUUACCACAAGAGUCAUUGCCAAGGAGCUAAAACUUGAUGAAACUCCCGUGUCAAAAGUUAUGACUAGAAAUCCAAUGUUUGUUCUUUCUGACACACUCGCUGUGGAAGCAUUACAGAAGAUGGUACAAGGAAAGUUCAGGCAUUUGCCAGUUGUAGAAAAAGGUGAAGUCAUUGCUUUGCUUGACAUUGCAAAAUGUCUAUAUGAUGCGAUAGCACGAAUGGAAAGGGCAGCUGAAAAGGGAAAGGCCAUUGCAGCUGCAGUUGAAGGGGUAGAAAAGCAUUGGGGGACUUCUGGUUCUGGUGUCCCAAUACAUUUAUUGAAACUCUUCGAGAGCGGAUGUUUAAGCCAUCUUUGUCAACCAUCAUUCAAGAGAAUUCAAAGUAGGAUUGUUACCAUCUCACCUACUGAUUCAGUGUUAACUGCAACCCAGAAGAUGCUUGAGUUCAAGAUAAGUUCAGCAGUUGUGACAAUUGAAAAUAAACCCCAGGGAAUUCUGACUUCAAGAGACAUUUUAAUGCGCUUAGUUGCCCAAAAUCUUUCACCAGAAUCCACCCCUGUGGAAAAGGUCAUGACACCAAAUCCUGAAUGUGCAAAGGUUGACACAGCAAUUCUUGAUGCUCUUCAUAUCAUGCAUGACGGGAAAUUUUUACAUUUACCUGUUGUCGAUAAAGACGGGAAUAUUGUUGCAGUUCUUGAUGUUAUUCAUAUUGCCCAUGCUGCAAUAGCCACUGCUGGAAACACAGGUGCAGCAAAUGAAAACGCGAGUGCCAUGAUGCAGAAAUUCUGGGAUUCUGCUUUGUCUCUCGGACCUUUGGAUGAAGAUGAUUCUCGAAGUGAAGGAUCUCUAAAAUUUGCAUCAGAAACCGAAGAUACAGUUAGAUCAUCUGCUUUCUACCCACCUUCAAGCUUGUCAACGACCUUUGGCUUUAAGCUACAAGAUAAACAGGGAAGAAUGCAUAGAUUUAACUGUGAAACACAAAGCUUGACAGACCUUCUAGCUUGCAUACUCCAGAGGGUUGGUGGCGAUAUUGAUAAAAACCAUCUACCACAAAUACUGUAUGAAGAUGAGGACCACGACCAAGUUAUUCUUGCAUCGGAUGGUGACCUUGCGGCAGCAGUGGACCAUGCGAGACAAGCUGGUUGGAAGAGUUUGAGGUUGCAUUUGGAUUACGCUGGCAUCGGCCAGAGGAAGAAAGGUCGUGGUGGAUCAGGCACUGGGAAUCUGGAGUACGCACAGAAGGAUGCAUGGGCGAGCGCAUACAGUACAGUGGCUGCAGGAGCAGCACUAAUUGCAGGCAUCGGAGUCAUGGCCUACUUGAAGAGGUCAGCAUCGUAGAUGAAAAACUAAACGUCCGGAUCAAUCACAAACUCUUGUAACCAUAAAGAAAAGAGUUCAACAAAUAUUGGAAGAGUGCAAUAAUAAAGCACGAGGCACGUACUUAUUAUUUAUCCUGAAGACAGGAAAGGUGUUCGAGGAUUGGAAUUAGAGGGAAACGAUUGUUUUACUACGAAUCCUCAGGAUGAAACAGAAAUGUUGAAUAUGGUUGGAGUAUAGAGAUCUUAAAUAGUGUGUAUUUAAUUUGGUACGAACUCAUAUGAUGUUAAGAAGAUAAUUGAAGAGUGUCCCAGACAUUUAUUCCUCA